AAAAUGCUUCGUUCUAUUCGAUCAAACAAUUUAUUAUUCGCUUGCAGAGCUAUUUUAUACUUCAAUUUUGCCCAAAAUUUUAAGCAAAAUCAAUUAAUUAUUACAAAGAAUUAUGGAACCAAAUCAUAUCAGUCUUCAAAGUCAAAACAAAAAAUGUAUACUCCAAGUGAAAUGGACGACGAAAAACUAGGCAAAGAGGGCAAACUUUCAACAAUUGGACUGGCACAGAAAGCAAGUAAAGAAUUGAAGGAUUGUUAUCAAAUUUUACAAGACAACAUUUCAAAGCAUUUGACGCUUGAAGUGAAUUUGAAGACUUAUGAAGAUAUUCCUGUUACUUUGCAAAGUGGGGAGACCCACAAACUCUUCAAAUUUGCUCGAAUAACUAUGCGGAAUCCAACAGCGAUAGCUAUUAAUUUUGUUGAUAAUUUGGAGGCUAUGAAAUCUGCUCGUGAUGCCCUCCAAUCAAAUGUUGGUGAACAUGUGAAUAUCCAAGCGGAUGGAUUUAUGUUGUAUGUACCGGUACCAAAAAUUACUAGAGGUUUGUUUUUAAAAAUUUUUAAAGAAAUAAAUUAA